UCAUCAUUAUUCAUUAUUGUCAUUUGAAUCUGUCAAUAAAUAAAUUUUUGGAUCGUUAGUUACCGCAUUAGAAGAAAAAUUCUAUCAAAAUCAAUACAAAUGUGAUAGGGAUUUGUACUUUGAUAUACUUGGAAUCUGAACAUCAUGAUAGUCAAAAACGAGGAUAUGCAGGAACACACUAAAAGGUUACGGUUCAAAUCUAUAACCAAUUCACAAAAUUCGUCCGGCGAUGUGAGUUUUGAUAAAGGAGUGAAGGAAACGAAAUAUAAAGAUGCUGAGAAGGCAGCCUCCUUAUUUGCGUUUUUGCACGUAGAACUAACAAGAGGAUAUUUAUUAGAACAUGACGAAGAAAGAUUUUCAGCCCGACGAGAAAAAGUAUAUUCCUUUAUUAAAAUUCCUCAGGAAUUGGAAAAGUUCAUGGCCUAUGGAUUCUUUCAGUGUGCAGACUCCUUGCUGUUUGUUUACACAUUCCUUCCACUAAGGUUUAUCAUGGCCAUUUGGACUUUUUUUAGCAGACUUUUCAGGAAGUGUUUCGGAUUUCAUUCAAAUUCUCGCAAAAGUAUACUGAAACCAGCUGAAACAUGUGACAUGCUUAAGGGUUUCAUUUUAGUCAUUUGCAGUAUUUUAAUGUGCUAUAUAGAUACAAAUAUGAUGUAUCAUUUAGUGAAGAGUCAGAGUGUCAUGAAAUUGUAUAUAUUUUACAAUAUGUUGGAGGUUGGUGACCGUCUGUUCUCAGCUUUUGGCCAGGAUACUAUUGAUGCACUGUUCUGGACAGCUACUGAACCCCGGGAUAGAAGGAGGGAACAUCUGGGAGUUAUACCUCAUCUUUUGUUUGCUAUGAUCUAUGUGUUUCUUCACAGUUUACUGGUGCUGUUUCAAGCUACAACACUGAAUGUAGCCUUUAACUCUAAUAAUAAAAGUCUUCUUAUCAUAAUGAUGUCGAACAAUUUUGUAGAAUUAAAAGGCAGUGUCUUCAAGAAGUUUGACAAGAACAAUCUCUUCCAAGUGUCAUGUAGUGAUGUGAGAGAACGGCUGCAUCUGUCUGUGCUACUAUUUAUAGUAGUUCUGCAAACUAUGAAGGAGUACAUGUGGAGGGAAGAACGAUUCUGGAUACUUGCACCUGAUUGUGUUCUGGUGCUCACUUUUGAGGUCAUCAUUGAUUGGGUCAAGCAUGCUUUUAUUACCAGGUUCAAUGAGAUUCCCUAUGGAGUAUAUAGAGAAUAUACAGUGAGUUUGGCAUACGAUGUGGCACAAACCAGGCAGAAGUACGCCUUCAGUGACCACUCAGACUUAGUGGCACGUAGAAUGGGCUUUAUACCUUUGCCUCUAGGAGUUGUUAUUACCAGAGUAUUGGUACAUGCUGUUAAAGUCGACGGAUUUGCCGCAAUCUUCUUAAUAUCCAUUGCAUAUUUGUGCCUUAUAUCAGUAAGAGUUCUCGUAUCGAUUGUGAUACUUGGAAAAGCUUGUGAUUUGAUUACACAGCAUCAGACGGAGAAAAAUGAGAGCUACCACGCUACGCCUAAAAAAGAACAAAAGGAUAUGACCCCAAAAGACAUAGCCUAUACUCACAAAUCACCGGAAGCUGAGAUGCCCCCACCUAAGAAGCCAACACAGUUGAAAUUUACGGUUCCUGAAAAUGUUAUUAUGAGCGAGCCAUUGGUAGACGCGUCAGUUGGUGCCGCGGCGAUAUUCUCGAACAGCGCGAUUGAUCUAAAUGGCGUGUGCUAUUUGAAUGACAAAAUGAACGCGCAAGUCAAACAAGAGGCCGGUGACUUCCUUGAUACUGAAAUGGUGGAUGUAAGCAGGAGUGCACCGGAUAUAAAGGCGGCCAGUGUAAGCGCCCAGGCUGAAGUGACGGAGCGGCCGCUGUCCCCCGACGCGGAAGGGCUCAAGCGCCGCUCCGAGUCCGAACCCAAUCUUGUGAAAGCCGAAGAACACUACGAGGAGGCCACAUAGCACACCCCGUGCUCCAUGGUAAACAUCCAACUGUAACCUUACGCGGUCUAGUCUACGGUUAAAAAACACAUUCGUUCUUUUUAUGAAAAGAAAUAAAAAUGAUUCACGAUAUCUCUCUGAUUGUUUAUAAGAAAAUGUCGAGGAUUAGAAACUAGCGUGUUUCGUCUAGAUUUGGUUUUUCAGAUGUGUGUACUGUUUUAUACUAGAUUUGACUGGGUUUUAUAUUUAAUAUUUUUUUAGAUUUUAGAUAUUUCGUGUUGACAAUAUUUUAAAAAAUGAUCUAUGCUCGGGUCGUCAGAUCCUUACGCGUUAUCGGUGAAACAGAGUUUAAGUGAACAAAGCAGAUAUUUAGUUAAAAGUACCUUGCUUUCUAUCACUGAUGAAUGACGUCGAGUUGUACAUUGUUAAUAUAUAAAACAAUAAAAUUAAACAUUUUUCGUGUUGAACAUG